UUAUUCACCAAUGAGAAAAGCCCAAACUGAGAUUGAACUUCCUGGUUCCUUCUCAGCUUUUAUUAAACUAACUUGGUUGUUAACAGACGUUAACCAGCGACACCUUUUUCAGAGAAAGGACGCGGCUCUUCCCCCGGAAUAUCACGUAACUACCGGCAUGACGCGCUGUGUUCACCGCUUUCUUGGGGGUCCCAAAGUGUGAUGCAGCAGUUCACCUGUAUGGUCAUAAGACUGAACUCAGGCCUUCUGAGAAAACCCUGGGGCUGCCAAGUCAUGGCCAGACCCAGCUCAGACCUGGCAGCAUUCAGGGAGAUUUUCUCCAAAGCCAAGAACAUAGCUAUCAUCACUGGCGCAGGUGUAAGUGCCGAGAGCGGAGUCCCCACCUUCAGAGGAGCAGGAGGCUACUGGAGGAAGUGGCAGGCGCAGGAGCUGGCCACUCCAGAGGCCUUCUCUCGGAAUCCCUCGCGUGUGUGGGAGUUCUAUCACUACCGCCGCGAGGUCAUGAUCACCAAAAAUCCCAACCAGGCUCACCUGGCGAUCGCCGGGUGUGAGGAGCGUCUCGCCAAGCAGGGGCGCAAGGUCACCGUCAUCACUCAGAACAUCGACGAGCUCCAUCGAGGCGCUGGAUCCAAGAACGUCCUGGAACUUCACGGUAGUCUGUUUAAGACCCGCUGUAUGACCUGUGGUCAUGAAGCAGCCAAUCACAGGAGACCCAUCUGUGCUGCUCUGGCGGGUAAAGGAGCUCCAAGCCCAGACUCACAUGAUGCCGAGAUUCCUGUCGAGCAGCUGCCCAGGUGUGAGCAGACAGGUUGUCGUGGUCUUCUCAGACCAGCUGUGGUUUGGUUUGGAGAGACUCUGGACUCCGACAUCCUCACCAGUGCAGAGCAAGUGCUGGACAGCUGUGACCUCUGCCUCGUGGUUGGUACGUCGUCAGUCGUGUAUCCAGCAGCCAUGUUUGCUCCUCAGGUGGCAGCCAGACGUGUCCCCGUGGCUGAAUUUAACAUGGAAACCACACCGGCCACCAUGAACUUCAAGUUCCACUUCCACGGCCCCUGUGGGACCACGUUACCACCCGCACUCGCUCGCCACGAGUCCGAGCAACUUUGAACACACAAAAAACUGCAGACAGGAGUGUGAAACACUGGAGGACUUCAUUAGUACAAGUACGAUCAGUCAUGAGUACCCAUCACGGAUUAUGUGGAAAUGUACAUAUGUGAAACUGAGAAGAUGUACCACCAGUUUGUCCACAGAGAUGAUAUUUUCCACUUCAUAAAUAUGACUAGUAGCAUCAGUAGUUAACAUUUAGAGUGAAUUUGGCAUUUUCAAGUAGAUUUUUUUAAGGAUAUGAUAAGAAACUUAGUUUUAAAAGUCCAGUGUGUAACAUUUAUGAUGAUUUAUAAUAACUUUAAAAUAAGCAAUUGGUUUUCCUAGCUUUUAGAAUAAGCCUUAUAAUAUGUACUUAAAGCAAAGGCCUUGCUUUACAGUGGCCGCCGUCUUGCGUUGACAUGUUUCUACAGACAAAGCGACAGCAGAGAGAGAGAGAGUUGUUGUGAAGAGUCUGGUUUGUGAAGGCCACUGUACUUCUCUGAGGACUCGGUAAAAGUAAGAAUGAGCAGAAGAGUUCUCACUUUCUUUUUGCAAUCUGUGGUCUCACCAUUAGAUGACAUUAAUUCUUACACACUGGACCCUUAAAAAAAUAAUACUGUGGUGCCAAAUCACACGAAUCCCCUGCUGCCAACUUUGGCAUAAUUAUUAAAAAUAUUUAUUUGUUGAAUUAAAUUUACUAAAUUAAUAUUUAUAUAUCACUCUAUCACUCCUAUUGCAUUACAUGUACUUUGAAGGCGGGACACUAGGGGGCAGUGUCUCACUGCAGCUUUCUUCCUAGUUUAUUUCCCACAAUAGUUCCUUGUAUGUGAGCUCUGCCUGGGAUGUGAGUGUGACGUGUUUGUGUCAGUGUUGCUCCAGAGGCCAUGAGUCAACUCCAGCUAAACAAGGUAAACAAACCAGGGAUGCAUGUGACUGGGGCUCGGUGAUGUGAAAUUCAAUCCACUGAAAUAAAUAAAUAAAUAAAUGCUCCUAUAAACA